AUGCGGUUACGAUCAAGCAAGACGCGUACAGCAGAUGAGACAAAGCGCAAAGCAUUGCCAGUUGACACCAGCCUCGAUCAAGGCAAGAGCAAUAGUGCGACUACAAGCGGUUCUGAGGCUGUCAAUCAAGAAAAACAAGUACACGCACUGAUUAUGGUUAAAGGCAAAAAUCGAGAGAACUGUGUAGUUAAAAGCGAAGAUGAAACACCGCAUGAUAAUGCAGCAAAGGGGGAGCGGUCUGAAAACACCCUACCUGAACAUAUUGCGAAAGGAGAAGAUCAAGCAUUGCAUCAAGAUCCAGCUGACAGGGAAGACGCCGUAGCCGAGUAUAUGGCGAAAGGUGAAGAGGAAGAUCUAAACGCUCAGCAAGCCUUACUCGAUCAUGCUGCUAUUCAGCAGGAGGAGAACCAGGAACUAGACCAUCAGCGAGCUCAUACCGACACAUUCGUUUAUGAGGCAACUCAAGGCGACAGAAUGGACGUUGACCUAGAGCAAGACACGGUUUUCAUUAAAGAAGAAGAAGCAGAAGCCAAUCAAUUCAAAGAUGUCAUGGAUAUGGAUGCAUUUGGUGAAACUGAAGAAAUGAAUACCAGCACCAACGAUGCGAUGGAUAUGGAAAAGAAAGCUGUUAACGGCAAUGCUGAGAAUGACACUGCCUUGCGUGCACCUAUGGAUAAUAAUGUAAAAACCCUUAUUCGUCAAAUCGCACAUGAAUGCAGAUUAUGGAAUAGAGCACCAGAGCCAGCUUCUUGGGAUCAAAGUAUGGUUGAGGACCAAGAAGAAGAUAUGGAAAUAGCCAUCAAAGAAGAGACCAAGAAACCGGAUGUAACACUAGAGCUUGUUUCUGAGUACAUCUAUCAAUGCCGCAAAUGCCCUCGACAAACACGCUCUUUUAUGGCACUGUUGGACCACUUUAGCGCUGAUCACAAACUCAAUUACAAGAGUCGAGCGAUACGAAAAAUGCAUUUGGAACCCAACAUCAAUGAUCCCAAUUUCUACUGCCGUGCUUGUGAGAGAACCUUUCAAGUGGAUCGAAAAUACCGCGACCAUCUCAAGAACGUGCACUACAUUGUUCUACGCCCAAUACUUGAUAAGAACAGUGACAUCAUUCCAGACAUUGACGAUCCCAACAACUACUGCUGCUCGUGCAAGAGAAAGUACACUGACAAAUUCCUAUACCGUUCGCAUUUAAGGAAGUUUCACAAGAUGGAAAUUGCGGCCAUCAAGGUCAAAACAGUCAAGAAUCCAGAGAUUCAGCCUGAAUGGGAAGACCCACACUUUUACUGCAGAUCAUGCAAUUACAAGUACCCAUCCAGAUACAAAUAUCAUGAGCACUGCAAGACCAUUCACCGCAUGAAUUUGACGACACUCACUCAUCCAGACGUGGCUCCUGAUCCGCAUCAUCCCGACAACUACUGCAUUAUUUGUAACAGAUCCUACAAGCUAAGGUACUAUUACCGCGAACAUUUGGCUCUCUUUCAUGGCAACACUGACUUUUUCCGCUCCAAAAAGCGCAAUAAGCAGAGUAGUGCCAGUAGGGAUGAGAUACAACCAGACAUCAACGAUCCCAACUUUUACUGCCGUGUGUGUGAUCGAAAAUAUGCUAGAAAAUGGAGCUACCAGUGCCAUUUGGUAUCUGCGCAUCACAUUGGAAAGCCUUUCAAAAAGACAAGUCUGGAGCCCGAAGAGGAUGAUCCCAAUUAUUUCUGCCGUGCCUGUGGACGAGGGUAUAACAGCAGAGAUACAUAUCGCAACCAUCUCCGCAAAGUACACCACAUGCAGCUUAAAUCGCUCAAAGACAUUGCCAAGGAGAGCGGCGAGCUACCAGAUCCGUUUGAUCCCAACUUUUACUGUCGUGUCUGUAAGGUGACCAAACCAUCCGUCAAGAGCUACCGAAAUCACUGCACCUAUGCCCAUUAUAUGGUGCUGGGUCCUGCUCCUUUUAUCAACCCUGAUGCUGAAAUUGAUGUCAACAGUUUGGUAUUCUACUGUGCCAAAUGUGAUAAGCAUUUAGCCAACAAGCAAAAGUUUACCAAACAUCUCAACGAGGUCCACCAGAUGGGCAUUGAGGAUCGCUUUGUGUACCCCGAUGCUGAAAUAGACAUAGAUAGCCCUACUUUGACCUGCGCCAAAUGUGGUAUUACCUUCUCUGACAGGUACUGCUAUAGAAGACACCUAAAGCACAAGCAUAAGCUUAACCUUCCGUCAAGGCUGGCAUCGUGA